CUCGGCCAAUAGGGAGGCCGAGUGGAUCAAGUGUCACUAUAACAGAAGGACAUAAUCAGCGCGGUAAGUUUGCAGAACCUUACAGCCUGUCUCGGCCAGAAGGAGCUCACUUCUUUCAGCUUUUCUGAGGUUGCAAAGUCCACUGUCACCAUGUCUGACACAGAGGAAGUUGAACAGGUCGAGGAAUACGAUGCUGUAGAAGAGGAGGUAGAACAAGAAGUAGAGGUGGCCCCUGAGGCGGCCCCUGAGCCAGAACCAGAGCCAGAACCAGAACCAGUGGUAGAACCAGAGCCAGAACCAGAGCCAGUACAAGAGCCAGAGCCAGAGCCAGAGCCUGAGCCUGAGCCUGAAGAGGCUGUUGAAGAGGAAGAGGAAAAGCCAAAGUUCAAGCCCACUGCCCCAAAAAUCCCUGACGGUGAGAAAGUGGACUUUGAUGACAUCCAGAAGAAACGUCAGAACAAGGACCUGGUUGAGUUGCAGGGGCUGAUCGAUGCUCACUUUGAAUGCAGGAAGAAGGAGGAGGAGGAGCUGAUUGCCCUGAAGGAGAGAAUUGAGAAGCGUCGUGCCGAGAGGGCCGAGCAACAGAGGGUCCGUGCUGAGAAGGAAAAGGAGCGCCAGGCCAGACGUGAGGAAGAGAGGCGAUCCAAGGAGGAGUCUGACGCCAAGAAGAAGGCAGAUGAAGAGGCAAAGAAGAAGUCAGCUCUGUCCAGCAUGGGCUCCACUUACAGCAGCCAUCUGCAGAGAGCUGACCAGAAGAGAGGAGGAAAGAAAGAGACUGAGAGAGAGAAGAAGAAGAAGAUCCUGGCCGCCAGGCGCAAGCCCCUGAACAUCGACCAUCUGAACGAGGACAAGCUGAAGGACAAGAUCAACGAGCUGCAUGAAUGGAUGACCCAGCUGGAGUCUGAGAAGUUCGACCACAUGGAGAGACUGAAGAGGCAGAAGUAUGAGGUGCUCUCACAUAGGAUUCGCAUUGACCAGUUGCAGAAGCACAGCAAGAAGGGAGCCGCUGCCCGCCGCAGAAAGUAAACUGGCUUGCUUCAUGGCCGCUCAGGAAACGAACUGCAAUCGUCUCGAACACACGCCUGAUGAAUCAAUGUACCCUAAGGCGAAGGUCGUAACUCAGAAGAAGUGUGUAAUCCUGAGGUUUACACCGAGAUUACCAAUCCAUAUCCUGAACCAUGCAACCAGGAACCUUUAGCUGCUGUCAAUAAGAAUAAAAAGUACUAAACCUUGAUUCGCCAUCACGCUUCCUCACCUGCGACUGUUUGGUUCUCGGUAUUUUUGUAAAUAAAGUGUGACCCUUCAAGCCAU